AUGGAGCAGGAUGGAGACACGGUGAUGGGAGAGGCUGGCCCCCAUCAAUCCAAUCCUGGUGCUUCACAUGCCUUUCCUUCUAGCAAUCCUAGCAGACCUGCUGUUCCAGGAACCCUCAAGGGAGGCACAGACCCGUGGCUCGCUCCGCUGCUUUUGGGGAAUUCGAUGAAUCUGCCCCUGCCUGUUCAUCAGUCGGGGAAUCCACAGGCGACUGCACCGGCUGCAGCUCACCAGCCUGUAGGACCGGCCAGCGUUGUGGAGAAGCCAGCCGAAUCUAGCGCUGCUGCUCCUGUGGUUCCUGCGCCAACCAAACGUGCAGAUAGUCUCGUCGAGGAGACUUCGGACUGGUCUGAAGAAGACUUGGGGGCCCGUGUGGGUCUUCCGCUUGCAUCUUUGCCGUCUGGGUUGUGCUAUGAUGUGCAAAUGCGCUAUCAUUGCGAGGUGCGGCCGACUGCAGAUGUCCAUCCGGAAGAUCCCAGGCGGAUCUACUAUAUCUACAAGGAGCUAUGCCGAGCAGGCCUUGUUGAUGACCCGGAAUCGUCGAGGCCGCUUGUCGCGCGUCCAUUGAAGCGGAUCCAUGCCCGCAAUGCUACCGAGGAGGAGGUCUCUCUCGUCCACACGCCGGAUCAUUUUGCUUUCGUGGAAAGUACAAAAGAUAUGUCUGACGACGAACUGAUCGCCCUGGAACAUACGCGAGACUCGAUCUACUUCAAUAAAUUGACGUUUGCGUCGGCCCUUCUGUCAACGGGUGGAGCCAUUGAGACCUGUCUGGCCGUGGCGACUCGUAAAGUGAAGAAUGCCAUUGCUGUCAUUCGGCCUCCCGGGCACCAUGCAGAACAUGACAAAACCAUGGGGUUCUGUCUCUUCAACAAUGUUUCCGUGGCGGCGCGCGUUUGUCAGAAGCAGCUUGGGGAAAGUUGCCGAAAGAUAUUGAUUGUCGACUGGGAUGUCCACCACGGUAACGGUAUUCAGAAAGCGUUUUAUGAUGACCCCAACGUCUUGUACAUCUCGCUCCACGUCUAUCAAGACGGGAAGUACUAUCCCGGAGGCGAUGAAGGUGACUGGGACCACUGCGGAGCUGGUGCAGGUCUUGGAAGGAACGUCAAUAUUCCGUGGCCUAGCCAGGGCAUGGGUGAUGGUGAUUACAUGUACGCUUUCCAACAGGUUGUCAUGCCCAUUGCCCAAGAGUUCAACCCUGAUCUGGUGAUUGUUGCCUCUGGCUUCGAUGCCGCUGCUGGCGAUGAGCUCGGAGGUUGCUUCGUAACACCGCCCUGCUAUGCUCACAUGACGCAUAUGCUCAUGACCCUCGCCAAUGGCAAAGUCGCAGUCUGUUUAGAGGGGGGCUACAAUUUCAGAUCCAUCUCCAAAUCCGCCCUUGCCGUGACAAAGACGCUCAUGGGGGAUCCACCAGACCGAUUACACUCGACGCUCCCGUCGGAUCUUGCUACUUCGACUGUCAGGCGUGUGAUGAUGAUCCAAUCUCGCUACUGGCGCUGCAUGUACCCGAAAGGACCACAGGAAGAGGGACUGUGGACCGAUAGACUGCAUGAUGUUAUUCGUACCUAUCAAUCGAAGCAAUUAUACGACAACUACAAACUUACCUCACUUUACAUCUAUCGGACGAGCAUCUCCAAGUCGUUUGAGAAUCAGGUGUUGGCAAGCUCCAAUUAUUAUCAGGCUAACCCAUUGAUUGUCAUCUUUCAUGACCCGCCGGAAAUCAUGGGCUUGCCUCAUCCGGUCACCAAUAAGCUCGAGGCUCAUAAUUGCUGGGUCGCUGAUGUCAUGAAGGAUUAUAUUGGAUGGGCGGUCGGAAAGGGAUACGCUGUGAUUGAUGUCAACAUUCCCAAGCAUGUGACGGCCGAGCCUGCGACUGGAAAGUAUGAAGGCGAGGACGAAAACCGGCCCACGGCCACCGAGGAGCUGGCUGGAUAUCUGUGGGACAACUACAUUGAGCCCAACGAUGCAACCGAGAUUUUCCUUGUCGGCAUCGGCAACGCUUUCUACGGAGUCGCGAACCUGUUGAUUAACAGAGAUACGCUGUACAAACGGAUCAACGGUGUUAUUUCUUUUGUCGCCGAGAACCCUGUUCGGGCGAUCGCCUCGCACACGCAGGUUUGGCUCUCGCGGUGGUAUAAAGAUAACUCCCUGGUCUAUGUUUCGCAUACCCACGGUGUCUGGAACAAUGUCGAGUCUCGACGGAAGCCAUCGAAGCGCUACGGUCACCUCAUCCAGUCACCCAAGGCGGGACUCAGCGAGAUGCUGAUGCACCACAAAAACGAAGUAUUCAAGUGGAUCGAAGACAGGGCCGACGAGGCUGUGACGGAGGAAGAGGAAGACGCGAGAAAGGGCAAGAGUAAAAGCAAGAGCCGGUCGCCGACCAAGGAGAAGCCGGCUGGGGUUCCUCCUGGCCCGAGCUGA